AUGUCAAGUGUAGCUUCGUUAGAUAUUCAUGACACUGAGUCCAGUCAACGACGAACUGGUCGGUUCUUUCUGCCUGACACUCAACACUCAUGCACUCAUAGUUCCAGUCGUAGUCUGUUGGCUCAUACUGGUCACAAUGCUACACUUCGACGAUCUUCCUUUCCCUAUCGAUCCGCUCGUGCUGCUCCCGACUCGGACCCAGAAUCCCAGCAGUCCAACACCAUCACAGAUUCGUUUGUGAUGCUUCCUCGAGAUCUAUCUCAGUCUGAUGCUCAACCCCAACUGGAUUCAUCCUCAGUUCCACCUCUACCUCAUACACCCUCUCAGUCUACUCUAGACCCACCAGAAGACCACAGAGGAAACUUGAGUCAUAGACUCAAAGUUGCCAACAAGCUGUUUACACUCGUGUCGGAUUCAGCCCACACCGAAACAAGAGUCGAUCAUCCUCUGUGUCUGGACUGUGCAGAUGAAGUCGUGGCUCGUCUAGAAAAAACAGUAGGAGAUGCUAUCCUAGAACGAGAUACGUAUCAAGGAUUCCUAGACGGACUCUCCCACACCGAUUCACACGAUCCAACCCAAGAACCCAUCACCCAAGAAGAAUUGAAUCAAUUGAGGUUAAGAGAAAAGAGUGCUUUGGAGGAUUUGAUGGAUCUUGAACGAGAGAAUGAGCAGAUUCUAAAAGAUCUUGAUAUGGCUCAGUUGGAUUUGGAUGCUGUGGAUGAACUAGAAAAAAGUUAUUGGCAAGAUAUGAAUAGUCUAGAACGAGAGUUGUCCAACUAUCAGAACCAAUUGGAAAGUAUCAACCUCAAAUACGAUCAAGCAACAAAACGUUUAGAAGUACUAAGCAAAACCAAUGUUUUGCAAGAUGCGUUUCGUAUAUGGCAUGAUGGACCAUUUGGCACCAUCAAUGGAUUACGUCUAGGAAGACUGUCAAACAUUCAUGCAAGUACAAUAAUUUAA